AUGGCCGCGUCUUCGCUGCGCAGAGGCGCCCAAUCUGCCGCGUCGUCCUUGUCCUCCGCCUCUGCUGAAGUCACACGCGCGGUACUCAACCUCCCUCACACCUAUAGCGAAUACGUCUCAAGCAACCCAUCGUCUGUAUCUAGCGUUGAAUCCUCCAUCCGAUCCCUCACAUACCUUUUACCUGGUGUACGGUUCCACGACACCGAAAUCGCGGCCGAGUCGGUCAACACCUUCGUUCAAUUGCUUUCCAUUUAUCACGAUCACCUUCUAAAGAAGCGCGCCGCUUUCGUCGCCUCGUCACCUGCCCUUACCCGCGCAUACAAGACCAAACAGCUUCAAGCAAAACCGUCCCUCCAUGCAAAAUAUACCUCGUAUUGGUCGACAUCAUCAACGCUCUACAGCAAGAUUGCCACAUUUCUUCGAGUGGCUGAGUAUGUGCAGCUGCUCUGUGAGAUGGUAGCACGUCGACAAGGCGGUGAACGCGGACGUUGGCGUAUUGUCGUCAUAAUUGAGACUUUCAAGGCGACCUGUCGUCUACUGCUCAUGCGCUUGACCAACGCUCGUAGCCUCGUUUCGCCGCCAAUGCCCGAGCGUCAAGACUUUGCUCCUCCUGAGCCCGAACAGCCCGAUGAAGAAUUCUCAGAGGAUGAGCUGAAGAUGGUGGAUGAGAACGAACCCUUCAGUUCGAAACAUGUCCUUCGCGACAAUGGUGUGCCAACUCCACCUCUCUCUGAUUCCGGAAAGCUUCCACAAAUCUCAGUCAGCGAUCCGUUUUCCAUGCCACGCACCGGCGUGACCUUGCCAACCCUUCCAGCAUCUGAUUCAGUCACAUCAUACCUACUAUCUCAUGUCUUAACUGCCGAUGAUGUCAAACCUGCAUACCAAUUACUACGACAGCUUGCCAACCUUCAGACUCAGGCGGCAGAAGUCCUCUACAUCAUCCGACCACUGGUAUACGCAGUUCUCAUGCAGCGCAUUGCUCGCACCUAUGGCUACGAAGGCACCAAAUGGAAGAAAAAUUGGACUCCAUGGCUGGUAGGCUUUGGCAUGGAGUAUGUCGCUCGUCAGCUGGCAAAGAGUGGAAGGAUAGGUCCCGGCGACGGCUUCUCAAGCGAUCUGGAGCGUGAGGAGUCUAAGAAACGAAAUGUGGAAAUGACCUGGUGGAUGAUGAGAGGCGCCUUCUACGAGAAUGUUACUAGACGUUACGUUCAAGGCGUCAAACAUGGUGUCACCAAAGUGCCUAUCGUUGGCCCGUUGGUGGCUGGCAUAGUCGAAGACUACGAUAUUUUGUGGGGAGACUACCAUUUCGCUACCUCGACGCUUUGA